AUGUCUAAAGAUAUAGUCGUCCCAUUACUUUUAAAUGGUGUCGAGGUUUUUACUUCUGACAAAUUGGUCUACAAUGUGUACUCACCCUUUACUGAGAACCUCAUUUUGUAUAAAGCACAAGGUGCAUCCCUAGAGGAUAUCGAUAAAGUUACGGAAAGCUCUUUUCAAGCUUUUCAAUGUUGGAUGCAAUUGUCAUAUGAGAAAAGAAGAGAUGUUUUGAAUAAGGUUGCAGCCGCGCUAGAAAAAGAAAGGGAAUAUUUCUUCAAUAUGUUACUAGAAAUGGGCGUAUCGCCUCAGUUCGCUAACUUUAAUAUCGAAACAGGAAUAAAUAUAAUAAAGGAAAGUGCUGCUCUUACUUCAACCCCUAUUGGGUCUAUUCCUCAAUCCUAUGGUGGUUCUUAUUCAUUAGUUGUCAGAGAGCCUUGUGGUCCCGUUUUGAGUAUCGUUCCUUGGAACGCUCCUAUUAUUUUAUGUAUAAGAGCAAUUGUUAGCCCCUUAGCAGCUGGUUGUAGCGUUCUACUCAAAACUUCUGAACAAUCGCCUAUGAUUCACCAUGAAUUAGCCAAAUUAUUUUUGAAAGCAGGUGGUCCCCCAGGACUUGUUAAUACGGUUCAUCACUCCUCGGAAGAUGCUCCUAAUAUAAUUACAGCUUUAGUGAAUUCUCCCAGGAUAAAGAAAAUUAACUUUACAGGAUCUUCCAAUGUUGGGAAGAUAAUCUCCAACUUAGCGGCCAAAGUUUCGAAGCCAAUCUUACUUGAACUUGGCGGGAAAUGUGCUGCAAUCGUGACCCUGACGGCUGACAUAGAUAGGGCGGCAACUGAAAUCUUGAGAGGCGCUUGGGCCCACAAUGGUCAAAUCUGUAUGAGUACUGAGAGAGUUUUUGUAGAAAAUGAAAUCUAUGAUAGUUUUUUAGAAAAAUUAGCAAAGAGAGCUAACAAAAUUGCAGUCGAUAAUGCGGGGAUUCCUCAACGAUCGGUAUUGCAGGCAGAAAAAAUAACGGCUUUGGUUAAAGACGCUAUUGAGAGAGGUGCAAAAUGUUUCUUUGGAAAUACAAGCAGAAGUGGCGCAUAUUUGCUGCCUAUCAUUUUGACAGAAGUAAAUGAGACGCACCAAAUAUUUGAUGUUGAGACCUUUGGACCCGUGUUAUAUGUUUCCAAGGUUGCUGAUUACAAAGAAGCAAUUGAGAAAGUGAAUUCAAGCGAAUAUGGACUUUCAUGUGCAAUAUGGUCAAAGGACACGCUAACUGCAAUCGAAAUUGCAAGGAACAUUGAGAGUGGAGCUGUACAUAUAAAUGGAAGCACCAUUCAUGAUGAGCCUACACUUCCUCAUGGUGGGCAAAAGGGUAGUGGAUCCGGGCGAUUCAAUGGCACAUGGGGAAUUGAAGAAUUUCAAUAUGUUAAAACGAUCACAAUAUCGAAGUAG